AGCGCGCGGGGCGGCGGGAGCGGAGCGGCCAUGAACCUGGAGCGGCUGCGGAGGCGCGUCCGCCAGUACCUGGACCAGCAGCAGUAUCACAGCGCUCUGUUCUGGGCAGAUAAAGUGGCUUCGCUCUCUCAUGAGGAACCCCAGGACAUCUACUGGCUGGCCCAGUGCCUGUACCUGACAGCGCAGUACCACAGAGCUGCGCAUGCACUCCGCUCACGAAAACUGGACAAACUGUAUGAAGCCUGCCGCUACCUCGCAGCUAGAUGCCACUAUGCCGCCAAGGAGCACCAGCAGGCCCUCGACAUCCUGGACAUGGAGGAACCAAUCAACAAGAGGCUGUUUGAAAAAUACUUGAAGGAUGACAGUGGUUUGAAAGACCCCUGCACCGACUGGGAGAUGUCGCCGUCCUCAAUAAAGAGUUCUAUUUGUCUUUUACGAGGGAAAAUCUACGAUGCCCUGGAUAACCGAGCCCUCGCUGCCUGCAGCUAUAAGGAGGCUCUGAAGCUUGAUGUGUGCUGUUUUGAGGCAUUUGAUCUUUUGACGUCACACCACAUGUUGACAGCCCAAGAAGAAAAAGAACUGCUGGAUUCGCUACCUCUUAGCAAGCUCUGUACUGAAGAACAGGAAUUGCUACGUUUCCUUUUUGAGAACAAAUUAAAAAAGUAUAAUAAGCCUAGCGAGACUGUCACGCCCGAGUCUGCCGAUGGCCUGCAGGACAAUCUGGAUGUGGUGGUGUCCCUGGCUGAAAGACACUACUACAACUGUGACUUCAAGAUGUGCUACAAGCUCACUUCUGUAGUGAUGGAAAAAGAUCCUUUUCAUGCAAAUUGUCUACCUGUGCAUAUAGGGACACUGGUGGAGCUGAAUAAGGCAAACGAACUCUUCUACCUUUCCCAUAAAUUGGUGGAUUUAUACCCCACUAACCCCGUGUCCUGGUUUGCAGUGGGGUGCUAUUAUCUCAUGGUUGGCCAUAAAAACGAACACGCCAGAAGGUACCUCAGCAAAGCCACGACGCUGGAGAAGACAUAUGGGCCCGCCUGGAUCGCCUACGGACACUCGUUCGCGGUCGAGAGUGAGCAUGACCAGGCCAUGGCCGCCUACUUCACAGCAGCCCAGCUGAUGAAAGGGUGCCACCUGCCCAUGCUUUACAUCGGCCUGGAGUAUGGUCUGACCAACAACUCCAAGCUGGCUGAGCGCUUCUUUGGCCAGGCGCUGAGCGUGGCUCCCGAGGACCCCUUUGUCAUGCAUGAAGUCGGCGUGGUCGCCUUCCAGAACGGAGAAUGGAAAACAGCAGAAAAAUGGUUUCUUGAUGCUUUGGAAAAAAUUAAAGCGAUUGGGAACGAGGUGACAGUGGACAAGUGGGAGCCGCUGCUGAACAAUCUGGGGCAUGUCUGCAGGAAGCUGAGGAAGUACGCGGAGGCCCUGGACUACCACCGCCAGGCGCUGGUGCUCAUCCCUCAGAAUGCUUCCACCUACUCUGCCAUCGGCUACAUCCACAGCCUCACGGGCAACUUCGAGGAGGCCGUGGACUGCUUCCACACGGCGCUGGGUCUGAGGCGAGACGACACCUUCUCCGUCACGAUGCUCGGCCACUGCAUUGAGAUGUACAUCGGCGACUCCGAAGCCUACAUCGGAGCAGACAUUAAAGACAGAUUAAAAUGUUAUGACUUUGAUGUGCAUACAAUGAAGACACUAAAAAACAUUAUUUCACCUCCGUGGGAUUUCAGGGAAUUUGAAGUAGAAAAACAGGCUGCAGAGGAAACGGGGCUUACACCACUGGAACCCUCAAGGAAGACUCCAGACUCCAGGCCUUCCUUGGAGGAAACCUUUGAAAUUGAAAUGAACGAAAGUGACAUGAUGCUAGAGACAUGCGUGUCUGACCACAGCCCCUGAGCCGGCGGCCCUGGCGGUGCCGCCCGCCUGCCUGCGUCCUGGCCCGGCCGCGCCCAGAUGGCCCUGGCGGGUGGGGGCCAAGCGUCCGGCGUGCCCUGCCCAGGAGCCCUUCGCGCCCAGAGUAGUGUGCGCAGUGGAAUAAAGGAGGUGAACCGUCCGGCAUGCG